AAAACUGGAUACGCGUCGAAAAGGAAAACUGCAGCAUCUGUUCGUCCACGCACUUCUUCUCUCGGUGCUAGUGGCUACCUUAAGAGGCGCCGCUCUUUUAGGCUUAACACAGCAGUAGAGUGCCUCUAAAAUGGUCCAGCACCAGUGCCUGACCUUUUAACCGUUGAUUCUGGUACGACCUCCUUCGACAGCUAGAUCUCCUGAGUUGUUAUUUCCUUCACGGUUGUCUGAGCUGAAAUAUGUGACAUUCGGCGAUGUAGAAGCAUGCCGUACCACCGUCCGUGAUAGGGUGUUUUUCGGAACUCUGCUCCGUCGAUAAAGGCUUGGCAUUCCACGUCUUCGGUGCGAAAGUGCCUGGCUGCUCAAUUUUCGAUUUUGCCGGCCCUGAGGCGCUGUCGGGUGGACUCAUGCCGGCGUAUUUCGUGCAACGAGGCCUCCACAAUAAUUACGCAGAGCAUGUUUGUCUCAUGAGGUCUUCGCCUUCUCAACUGCCUGAGACCAGCUUCUGUGUUCUCUUAGACUCCGUGGCUACUUUGAGCUGCCGACUAUAAGGUGACGGGAUUCGUCCGAAGAUGUCAGAAGUCGAAGAGACAUUGAAUCGCAUUAAGACGCACAAGGGCGUCUGUGGAAUUGUAAUCGUCAACAGCGAUGGCGUACCGAUCAGAUCCACUCUGGAUAGUCAAACUACUGCCCAGUACUCGGCACUGAUUUCUCAGUUAGCCGCCAAGGCUCGGUCCGUCGUCAGAGAUCUUGACCCGCAGACUCGGCUGCCGUUUUUUCCGGUGUUCAAAUUCGACUGUAUCUUCUCGUGUGGUUUCGGAUUGCUGCAGAAUGAUCUGACGUUUUUGCGGAUAAGGUCCAAAAAGCAUGAGAUUCUGGUUGCACCAGACAAAGAUUACGUUCUGAUUGUUAUCCAAGACCCGAACUCAGAGCAAGGAACGGCAAAUUGACUUCUUGCGGAGAUCGGUCCACUGUUGGAUCGAUCCGCUAAUAAAAACUUUUUUCCUGUCUGCUUUCGCAACGCGUCCAAGCAACUGUCACCGAACCCUCUUGUUAAUUUUUUCUCUGGAAGCAAC